AUGUACAUCAAGGAGAUCUGCUUGGAAGGUUUCAAAUCGUACGCGACGAGAACCGUGGUUCCGGGGUUCGAUCCCUUCUUCAAUGCUAUCACAGGGUUGAACGGUUCCGGCAAAUCGAACAUACUCGAUUCGAUUUGCUUCGUUCUUGGCAUCACGAACUUGCAGCAGGUUCGGGCUUCAAAUCUUCAGGAGCUCGUGUAUAAGCAAGGCCAAGCAGGAAUUACCAAAGCUACGGUGUCCAUUGUGUUCGAUAAUUCCGAAAGGACUCGAAGCCCUCUUGGAUAUGAAGACCAUUCAGAGAUUACAGUAACAAGACAGAUUGUGGUUGGAGGGAGAAACAAAUAUUUGAUCAACGGGAAAGUUGCACAGCCUAGUCAAGUCCAGAACCUUUUUCAUUCGGUGCAGCUAAAUGUUAAUAAUCCGCAUUUCCUCAUAAUGCAAGGCCGCAUCACCAAAGUUUUAAAUAUGAAACCGCCAGAGAUAUUGUCUAUGCUUGAGGAAGCUGCAGGGACGAGAAUGUAUGAGACAAAGAAAGAGGCUGCUCUAAAAACACUUGAGAAGAAGCAGAGUAAGGUUGAUGAGAUUAACAAGCUUCUUGACCAGGAGAUACUGCCUGCCUUGGAGAAGUUAAGGAAAGAAAGGACACAAUACAUGCAAUGGGCUAAUGGCAAUGCUGAGUUGGAUAGGCUGAGAAGAUUUUGUAUUGCUUAUGAGUAUGUUCAAGCUGAGAGGAUUAAAGACAAUGCUACCUCUGAGGUGGAACAAAUAAAAGCCAAGAUAGCUGAGAUUGAUGACUUUACUAAGACGACCCUGCAGGAAGUAAAGGAAAUGGAGACCAACAUAGCUCAGUUGACUGCUGAAAAGGAAGCAAGCAUGGGUGGAGAAGUGAAAUCUCUGUCAGAGAAGGUAGAUGCACUUUCCCAGAAUCUUGUGAGGGAAACGUCUAUACUAAAUCAUAAAGAAGACACUCUUAGGAGUGAAGAAGCCAACAAAGAAAAUAUUGUUAAAAAUAUUGAAGAGUUGAAGCAAUCUGUUGAAGAGAAGGCCUCUGCGGUUAAAAAGGCUGAAGAGGGAGCAGCUGAUCUGAAAAAGAGAGUUGAUGAGCUCUCCAAAAGUCUGGAGGAGCAUGAAAAGGAAUACCAGGGUGUUGUAGCUGGCAAGAGCAGUGGUAAUGAGGAGAAAUGUUUAGAGGAUCAACUAGGUGAUGCAAAGAUAGCAGUUGGGAGUGCUGAAACGGAAUUGAAACAGCUGAAAACCAAAAUUAGCCAUUGUGAUAAGGAACUGCAAGAGAAAACAAAACAAUUAAGGUCAAAACGUGAGGAAGCUAUUGCUGUAGAAAAUGAACUCAACACUCGACAAAAAGAUGUGGAAAAUGUUAAAAUGGGAUUGGAGUCUCUUCCUUAUAAAGAGGGAGAGAUGGAAGCUUUGCAAAAGGAGCGGGCAUCUGAGAUGGAUUGUGUGCAAAAGUGGAAGGAUGAAAUACGCAAUAUUUCAGCAUACUUAUCGAAUGUUGAAUUUACAUACCGUGAUCCUGUCAAGAACUUUGAUAGGUCAAAGGUGAAAGGUGUUGUUGCAAAAUUAAUCAAAGUAAAGGAUAGGUCCACAGUGACUGCCCUAGAGGUUACAGCUGGUGGAAAGUUGUUUAAUGUAGUAGUUGACACAGAAAAUACUGGAAAGCAACUACUACAGAAUGGCGAUCUUAGAAGAAGAGUGACAAUUAUACCUUUGAACAAAAUACAAUCCAAUACUGUUCCCUCCAGAGUUCAACAGGCUGCCAUCAGAUUGGUAGGUAAGGAGAAUGCUGAAGUAGCACUUUCUUUGGUUGGUUAUGAAGACGAAUUGAAGAAUGCAAUGGAAUAUGUAUUUGGUUCAACCUUUGUAUGCAAAACUAUCGACGCUGCAAAGGAGGUGGCAUUUAAUCGGGAGAUUCACACCACAAGUGUCACUCUUGAAGGAGAUAUAUUUCAGCCAAGUGGUCUUCUGACUGGUGGAAGCCGGAAGGGCAGUGGUGAUCUUUUGAGGCAACUUCAUGCUUUGGCGGAGGCUGAAUCAAAACUUUCAGUGCAUCAAAGAAGGUUAUCAGAGAUUGAAGCAAAGAUUACAAAGCUCCUUCCACUUCAGAAAAAAUUUAAAGACCUCAAAGCGCAACUAGAACUCAAGUCAUAUGAUCUUUCAUUGUUUCAGAGCAGAGCUGAGCAAAAUGAGCAUCAUAAGCUUGCGGAAUUAGUGAAGAAGAUUGAGCAAGAGCUUGAAGAAGCAAAAUCUGCAGUCAAGGAAAAACAACUCUUUUAUGAGGACUGUGUCAAGACUGUUUCAUCACUUGAGAAAUCAAUCAAAGAACAUGACAAUAAUCGCGAGAGUAGGCUAAAAGACUUGGAGAAAAAGAUAAAGUCAAUCAAAUCCCAAAUGCAGUCGUCUUUAAAAGAUCUGAAGGGACAUGAUAAUGAAAAGGAGAGGCUUGUAAUGGAAAUGGAAGCUGUUAUCCAGGAGCAAGCAUCCUUGGAGAAUCAAUUAACAUCAUUGAGAAUGCAGAUUAGUAAUCUUGCCUCAGAAGUAAAAGAACAACAAUCUGCAGUUGCUGCUGAAAGGAAUAAUCUUGAUGAAGUUCAGUCACAGCUGAAUUCAGUUCGCCUGAAAAUGAAGGAAUGUGACAAGGAAAUCAGUGGUAUUAUUAAGGAGCAGCAAAAACUUGAACAUAAACUUAGUGAGAGUAAUCUUGAAAAGAAGAGGAUGGAAAAUGAGGUAAAACGGAUGGAGAUGGAACAAAAAGACUGUUCUGUGAGGGUGGAUAAAUUGAUAGAGAAGCAUGCAUGGAUUGCUUCAGAAAAACAGUUGUUCGGUAGAAGUGGGACUGAUUAUGAUUUUUCUUCUCGAAAUCCUGGUAAAGCAAGGGAAGAACUUGAGAAGCUUCAGGCUGAACAAUCUGGGCUUGAAAAAAGGGUUAACAAGAAAGUAAUGGCAAUGUUUGAGAAGGCAGAAGAUGAGUACAAUGAUUUGAUGUCCAAGAAAAACAUAAUUGAGAAUGACAAGUCAAAAAUCAAGAAGGUGAUUGAAGAGCUAGAUGAGAAAAAGAAGGAAACGCUAAGUGUUACCUGGAUCAAAGUGAAUACUGACUUUGGAUCCAUCUUUUCUACGCUAUUACCGGGCACAAUGGCUAAGUUAGAACCUCCAGAAGGAUGCAGCUUUCUUGAUGGUCUUGAGGUUCGUGUUGCAUUUGGGGGUGUGUGGAAACAGUCAUUGUCCGAACUGAGUGGAGGUCAGCGAUCACUGCUUGCACUUUCUUUGAUUCUGGCACUGCUUCUCUUCAAACCUGCUCCACUUUACAUCCUCGAUGAGGUUGAUGCAGCUCUUGAUUUGAGCCACACACAAAACAUAGGGAGAAUGAUAAAGGCACACUUUCCCCACUCCCAGUUUAUUGUGGUUUCACUGAAGGAAGGCAUGUUCAAUAACGCAAAUGUUCUUUUCCGGACUAAAUUUGUUGAUGGGGUUUCAACUGUUCAGCGAACUGUUGCAGCUAAGCAAAACAAGUGAUAUAUAUAUUGGGAUUAUUGCUUCACCUGCUACAAGUCUGACAAUCAUGUUCAUCUUCUGAGAAAAUAGAAAUGAAGGUAAUAUCAGUAAUGAAAUGAUUAUGUAAUUUGAACAUCACUGUAUC